AUGGAGCCUUGCAUUUACUUGAAACAUCUGCACAAUUUUCCUACAGAGGACGGAAUACAAUUAGUACAGGAAAGAAAACGAUACAACAGAAAGUUUAGGACACUGUUACCUAAAGUAACGUGUAGAGUUCCGCUCAACACAGCAGAAGCAAAGACUGUUUUGGAACGACUUGCUUUGGAAACAGCAGCCAGAGAAAUGCUAAGAGACUUGUUCUUCUACACCAUAUUUAUGAUGUCAGUGCUCCUGGUUGCCUAUGGACAUAUGGAUGUUCGGAGUCAGUUUCUACAGACCCAGUAUGUGAAACACAAGUUUCUCAAAACGCCGAUAUUUGAGGACCCUGAAGGAGAGGUACACUCGGUGGAAGACUUGUUGCAUUACAUCCGGACCGUUGUUGCCCCGCAGAUGUUGAAAGAUAAAGGCACAAUCUCUAUUGACUACGAUAUUUAUUUAAUGGGCACUGCUCGUUUGAGACAGGUUAGGUCACGGGGUGACUAUGGUAAGAAACCUAUAUACAUAGCUUUUACAGUUCUAAGUUCUUGUGGCUUAUGGUUGAAUUCAAAUGGUCUCUGCGAUAGUGUCCUUUACUUUUACCAGGCAAAUUUGAAGUAA